UGCUCUGCUUGCUUUCCCCAUUCACUGCUCACUCUGCUCGCCACUCUGCUCACUCUCUCUAGAGGUGAGAGCUGAGCAAUGGCGUCCAGGGCGCUGUUGCUCGCCGUGGCCGUGGUGGUGGUGGCGGGGUGCGCGGUGGGGCUCUCCGGCGCGACGGACCACAUCGUGGGGGCCAACCGCGGGUGGAACCCCAACAUCAACUACUCCAGCUGGUCCGCCAACCAGACCUUCUACGUCGGCGACCUCAUCUCGUUCCGGCACCAGAAGGGGACGCACAACGUGUUCGCGGUGAACGAGACCGGCUACGACAACUGCACCAUGGACGGGGUCACCGGCAACUGGACCUCCGGCAAGGACUUCAUCCCGCUCCCGCACCCCGGCACCUACUUCUUCAUCUGCGGCAACGGCUUCUGCCAGGCCGGCAUGAAGGUCGCCAUCACCGUCCGCAUCUUCGAUCUCGGCCCAGAGAUCUACCCCCCGCCCGCCCCCGGCGCCGACAAUCCCCCCUCCUCCUCCUCCUUCGCCGCAGGGGCGUGGCCGGCAGCGGCAGCGGCGGCCACCGCGCUGGGAGCUGCUGCCAUCAUUGCCCUUUAGUUCCUAGGAGUAUCAUCUGCAGCAAUUGACCGAGACGUGGUCUCUAAUCUAGUAUAACUAGUUGGGGCGCAUUUAACUAGCUAGCUUUCCUGAUGUAAUGUAACCGCAUCUGCAUUUCGAGUAUCAGUAGAAUGUACUCAUGGAUGACCA